CGACGAUCUCAAUUGAGUUGCUGUUUUACUAGAAAAGUAGAAAGCCAAUCGAAGAAAUUACCGGUAAUGGAGCAUCCGAUCGCCGCGGAUGUGGAAAUGGAUAUCGACUCUCUUCUCCAAUCGCACGGCGGCGAAACCGACUCCGACGAAGAAGAUCGUCACCGCCGCACCGUCGACGAAAUUCUCCUCAACCAUUCUUCUCCCUCCCCUUCUCCUCCUUCUUCCCCUCUCAGAGGUGUUGGCGAUGACGAUGGAAGCGACGCCUCAGCCAAUUUGAGAGAUCACGGACUAUCGCAUUCACACUCCGUUCCUUUGGUUGAUUCGCAUAGCUAUAGGUACAAUUCAGCAUCGAAUAGUAGUAGAGCGAACUUCGCGGGUAGGGUUCUGCCGCCGUUAUUUGGUAAUGGCGCCGUCAGAUCUAAUGCGAAGCCUGGGGCUGCGCUGGCCGCCGCUGCUGCUGCCUCUCGUUCGAUUCCCACGCCCCACGCCACUGCUAUCAAGUUGAGAAGAGCGAAUACUGGCGUUCCCUCUCUUCAGAGCUCGAUUUCUGAAACUGCGGAGAAUUUUGAUAGUGCUGCUUCGUCACUAUCUGCUGAGCCUUCCGAAGUUGAUCUCAGCCAGUCUCAAGAAGAAGGAGGAGUUCAGCUUCCUCUUGGAAAUAUCGAUUCUGACUCCACGGGUGUUGGUGGUGGUGAUGGUGAUAGCGAUCAUGGGGCAUCUUCUUCUGAAGAUACGAAUCAGCAGAAAUCUGAUGAGGAUGCGACUCUGGAGACAUCUUAUGAUGAUGAAGAAUGCACAAUGCUAACUAGUAAACCUCGUCACGCUUCUAAUAUUCAAAGUGAAGAGGAUCAAAUUCCUGUAAUUGAGCAAGUCUCAUCUCCUUCGGCCGGUGAAGAGAAUGUGCAAUGUGCUGAAAUUAGAGCUGCUGAUGAAUCUGGUGAUGUGGCUUUACCUAGCCCAGCUUCGAGUGGUGUUGAUUAUGGCGAAGACAUAAUUAGGGGAGAAGCAGCAAGUAAUCCCGAAAACACUGUGGCUGAAUCCGAGGAAUGUGAUCAUUCUAGUGGACAUAAUGAUGCUGCACAAUUACUUGAGGACUUGGUUUCACAAGGUGAAGAGGAGGACACCUAUACAAAGUUGCAGCAGAAAUCUGAUUCUUCGGUGAAGCCACUUGACUUGGCUGAAGAAAUUGAGAAGAAACAAGCAUUUACAGGUUUGCACUACGAAGAGGGUGCAGCUGCACAGCCGAUGAGACUUGAAGGUGUUAAAAGGGGCUCUACUGUGUUAGGCUACUUUGAUGUUCGUUCUGACAAUGUUCUCACCCGGAUCAUCUCUUCGCAAGCCUUUCGGAAAGAUCAUGGAUCCCCCCAAGUCAUAUCUGUACAUUUGAACUACAUUGCAGUGGGAAUGUCGAAAGGAUCAAUUUUUGUUGUGCCCAGCAAGUAUACUGCGCAUCAUGUUGAUAACAUGGAUACAAAGAUGAUACCCCUUGGUUUGCAAGGGGAUAGAUCUCUUGUCCCUGUAACUUCCAUGUGCUUCAAUCAGCAAGGAGAUAUACUCUUUGCAGGAUAUGGUGAUGGUCAUUACACUGUUUGGGAUGUGCAGAAGGUCUCAGCACUUAAGGUUGUCACUGAACACAGAGCUCCAGUAGUUCACAUGCUAUAUCUGGGCCAAGAUACUCAAGUUACCCGUCAAUUUAAUGUGGUCAGUGGUGACAGCAAGGGUGUGGUCAAGUUGAUUCGAUUUACCGUGGUUCCGUGGCUCAAUAGGAUAUCUUAUACAAAACCUAUGAAACUUUUAGAUGAAACUACUAGCAGAGUAGUAUGUGCUUCUCCAUUGCUAUACAAUGAAGGAUAUGGAGGUUCAAUGCUGGCUUCGCAGAGUAGCUCCACAGUUUCUACAAGUAGUAUUAGUAGCAUGAUGAGUGGCAUGGUUGAUGAAGGUGUUGUCAUAUUUAUCACACAUCAGUCUGCUCUUGUGGCAAAAGUCAUUCCCACUGUGGAAGUAUAUGCUCAAAUUCCCAAACCUGAUGGCAUCAGGGAGGGAUCCAUGCCAUAUGCUGCCUGGAGAUGUGGGUCUCGGUCGCUCACUUCAUCCUCUGAAAAUGCUCUUGCUGAGGCGUCAGAUAAAGCUUCAUUGCUUGCCAUUGCUUGGGACCACAAAGUUCAGGUUGCUAAGCUAUUAAAUUCAGAGUUAAAAGUGCUUGAAAAAUGGACUCUUGAAAGUGAAGCUGUUGGCCUGGCAUGGUUGGGAGAUCAGAUGCUGGCCAUCCUCACAUCGACAGCUCAGCUCUGCUUGUAUGCAAAAGAUGGAAAUUUGAUCCACCAGACUAGCUUUUCCGUGGAUGGCUUUCGAGGGGAUAAUUUGAUUUCUCAUCACAUAUAUUAUACGAACUCUUCAGGGAACCCUGAGAAAGCUUAUCACAACAGUAUUUCUGUUAGGGGUGCUACUAUGUAUAUACUUGGACAGGAUCAUCUCAUUGUUUCUCGCCUUCUCUCAUGGAAGGAACGAAUUGAAGUUCUACGAAAAGCGGGUGACUGGAUUGGUGCCUUAAACAUGGCGAUGGCACUUUAUGAUGGUCAAUCAUACGGUCUUGUAGAUCUUCCCAAAAACUUGGAUGACUUGCAAAGAACUGUUAUGCCUUAUCUUGCGGAGUUACUUCAGGCAUAUGUUAGUGAAGUAUUUUCUUACUUAUCUGUUGCUUGUUACAACCAAAACACAAAAGAGGACGAGUACAAUGAGAUUAAGGAGCAAUUCAUCCGUGUUGGUGGUGUUGCUGUUGAAUUUUGUGUGCAUAUCAGGAGAACUGACAUACUGUUUGAAGAUAUCAUGAGUAAAUUUGACGAGGCUCACCAAAAAGAGACAUUCUUGGAACUCUUGGAGCCAUACAUUUUGAAAGAUAUGCUGGGAUCUCUUCCACCUGGGAUCAUGCAAGCAUUAGUGGAGCACUAUAGCAAGAGAGGUUGGCUACAGCGAAUUGAACAGUGCGUCCUGCACAUGGAUAUUCUGUCCUUGGAUUUUAAUCAGGUUGUCCGCUUAUGCAGGGAACACAGGUUGGAUUGUGCGUUGAUAUAUCUAUUUAACAAAGGCUUAGAUGAUUUUAGGACACCUCUUGAGGAGCUCCUGCUAGUAUUACGAGAUAGCACGAGAGAAAAUGCCACUUCCCUCGGGUACAGGGUGCUUGUCUACCUGAAGUAUUGCUUCCAAGGUCUUGCUUUUCCUCCAGGACAUGGAAAUCUUUCUCCUCAGCGUGUGACCUCUCUUAGAAAAGAACUGUUAGAUUUCCUAUUAGAGGAUUCAAGUGCUCCAAAUUCAUGGGCUGUUACGAGUUUAUCAUCAGGCGGAGCCUAUGCGAACAUGCUUCAUCUUUUACAGUUGGAUACUGAAGCCACUCUACAGGUUCUAAAAUUGGCCUUUGUAGAUGUUGAACUAUCUACAUCGGGCCAACCUUCUGAGGAAGCAACUGAUAUCAACAUGGAGUCAGAUGCUAGUGACAAAUUGAUCCAAAGAGUGGUGGAUAUUCUUGCUGGUAUUCUUGAUGCUGGUUACUUCAUGUCCGACAGUCCUGUCUGCAGCACUGAAACAAAUUCGGUAGAAGUUUGGCCUUCAAAAGAAGAUGUAGGCCACAUGUACGAUUUUAUAGCUUACUAUGUGGCUUAUGGGAAAGCUACUGUAUCUAAAGAUAUUUUAAGUCAAAUCAUACAAUAUUUUACUUCAGAGGUCAAUAUCUCGGAUACUCUGUCGGAGAAGGUGACUGAUAUCUUCAGAAAGAGAGAGAAACAACUGCUUUCUCUGAUACAAGUGGUGCCUGAGACUCAGUGGGAUGCUCCUUAUUUGUUGCAUUUGUCUGAGAAGGCGCAGUUUCACAAGGUGUGUGGCUACAUACAUGCAAUCAGUCAUCAAUUAGUUGCUGCUAUGGACAGUUAUAUAAAAGCAAUACAGGAGCCUGUAUAUGCAUUCUCUUUUAUCUAUGAAAUGUUAAGGCUGCUUGAUGGUGAAGAAUCCGAUGCUUUUGAAUCAGCUGUUAUUUCUCGCAUUCCAUAUCUUGUCAAACUGAGCAGAGAAGCAACUUACUUUCUAAUUACUGACCAUUUUUCCGGAAGAAGUGCAUAUAUUCUGUCUGACCUUCAGUCUCACCCAGAAAGCCUUUUCCUUUAUCUAAAGACUGUUAUUGAGUUCCAGACAACUGGUACCCUUGACAUCUCUUGUUUGCAAGAUGUUGAUACUUUCGAUUAUCCUUCUCCAACAAACUCUAAGCUGCAGUCAAAUGGGGUCCAAGCUUAUCUGGAAGCAAUAUCUACUUCCCUGAAGCUUUUACAUAACAACCGAGUUAAUGUGACUGAUGAAAUGAUGGAGCUGUAUUUUGAGCUCUUAUGUCGAUUUGAUCGCAAAUCAGUACUCAAGUUCUUGGAAACUUCUGAAAGCUAUAGAGUGGAACACUGCUUAAGUUUAUGCCAGGAAUAUGGCAUAACUGAUGCUGCUUCAUUCUUAUUAGAAAGGGUUGGAGAGGUUGGAAGUGCCCUUCUUCUAAUUCUUUCUCAUCUCAGUGAGAAGUUUGUCAUGCUUGAUGAAGAAAUCCAGAGAGCAAUUUCUUGUCCAGUUGUGGAUAAUCUAAAUGCACUUCUGAAGAAAAAAGUGGUGGCUGAAAUACUUGACAUUGUCCGUGCUUGUAUUGGGUUAUGUCAGAGAAAUAGUCCUCGUCUGCAGCCUGAAGAGUCUGAGUCCCUCUGGUUUCAGCUGCUUGAUUCGUUUUGUGAGCCAUUGAUAGAUUCCGGAAAUGCUAGGGAAACACUUAAGGACUCACCUACUGGAUCAGUAAAUCCAGAAGAAGAGGCGCAGACAUUCAAAUGGAAAGUCUCCAAGUAUGGUAAAUGUGCACACAUGGCGAGGAAACUGUUCUCCAUUUUCAUUAAAGAAAUUGUCGAGGGAAUGAUUGGAUAUGUUCGGCUCCCACGAAUCAUGUUGAAACUUCUUUCUGAAAAUGGAAAUCAAGAAUUUGGUGAUUUUAAGCUUACCAUAUUGGGGAUACUUGGGCGAUAUGAUUUUGAAAGAAGAAUUCUGGAUACUGCAAAAAGUUUGAUUGAGGAUGACACAUAUUAUACAAUGAGUUUGCUCAUGAAAGGAGCUUCUCAUGGUUAUGCCCCUAGAAGUCUUGUUUGUUGUAUCUGUAGCUCUCUCCUUGCCAAAAAUUCUCUGGAUUCUAGCAUUCAAGUAUAUAGUUGUGGUCAUGCAACACAUCUCCAUUGUCAACUCGAGGGAAACAGGGCCUCAUUUAGUGGGACCUUAGUAGGAUGCCCCAUUUGUACUCCAGGAAGUAAAACUCAAAAGUCUAGUGGCAUGCAUAAACUUGCAGAGAAUGGAUUAGUGAGUAGCUCUCCGUCAAGUAUGAAGCAACCACGUAGCACACCUCUUUUGCAUCUUCACGAUCCUGAAUUUGGAGAUAAUUCCUUUGGCUCCCAUCCAUCAAGGUUUGAGCUCCUGCAUAGCCUUGAAGGAGAUCAUAAAUUGAUUCAGAUGGAAAACACGCCUCAGUUGAAACUUGCACCGCCAGCUCUCUACCAUGAAAAGUUAAAAAAGGGAAUUGAUAACUCGUCGGGAGGAAGCACGAGCCGAGUUUCUACAACAGAAAAAACAAAUAGUAAGCAACUCAGGGAUGUGAAACUGAAAGGAUCGCCAUCUGUGCGAUUCCCCCUGAAAUCGAGCAUUAUAUUCGGCAAGGAAAAGAUUAGGAAGAGGUGAUUUAAAUCAUUCAUCUAGCUGAUUAUAUACAACAAGAGAGCUCAUCAAAGAUACAUAUAUGGAAGUGCCUUCCACCCUCCGAUUUCUGCUCUCAAAGUAGGUAACAACAUUUUGGCCCUCUUAUAGUGCUCUUGUUAACUGUAAAUUGGUGUCUAUAACUGUAUUGGUAGUGUACAUUUUUGUAAGUGGUGAAUAAUGUAAGUAGAGUUAUAGCUUCUUAAUUGAUCUAUGUUUUUGUUGCCAAAUGGUUGUGGUAAAAUCAGUCUACAGAGCUGUAUGAUUGUAUCUUCAAAUUUUCUAGUUUUGCUGUUUGCUGGAUGUUUACAUGGAAAUCCAUCACCUCUCUUUCAGAAUA